AUGGAAAGCAAUGGCAGCCACGCCAAGGACAAGAGGCCCGACAACGACGCCAGAUCGAAGGACGACACCCCUACGACCUCAACCACCACCACACCACCCGAUAAUGCCAAUAAGAGCCCCAAGAAGAGGCGCAAGGUAAACCAUGCUUGUGUAUACUGCCGUCGAUCUGAGAGACCGUGUACGAGAUGUAUCAAGCGCAAUAUUGGACAUCUCUGCCAUGACGAGCCUCGGGAUCCGGAUUCCAAGAAGCCCAAAGGCUCCCACGGCGCGGCUGGACACGACGAAUCAGAUAACCAGCCUGAAAUAUCGCAAAAUUCAAUAGAACAGAGCGCUGCUGCAAUGGCACCGCCUUCGUUUGACGGAACUGGAGCUGGUCAGAGAACCAAGCAAGGUUUUGGUGCAGGUGCACUAGGCCAGACAAACCCCCUACAGCUUGUGUCACCUAAUCCGGUCUCUAAUAUGCAGGCCAAUGGCUCUGGUAGCAAUAUGAACCAAUUCGGCGGGUUCUCUGACGCCUGGCUAACCGCCCAAAAUCAAUUCCACGAUAUGCACCAUUACCAUCCUCAAUAUAUGCUUGCCCCAGAAGUCACCCACGAGUUUAACUUGCUCAAUGAUUUUUUAAAUACCAGCCUUCUCGAUGACGCCGGACAUCUGCCGGAUGAUCAAAAUCCGUAUAUCAGAAAUAAUCAGUCACAACCUAACCAAUCCGACAUGGCGGGCUACGCGAGCGGCAGUAAUAAUCUUCUAGCUACGGGCGCAAUGCAGGCAGGCUCGAUGCCUCCGCCGAGCACGGAGGCGAGCUCCAGCAUCGUCCCGGUGGAUAAGACGCGUGAAUUCUACCUCCAAGCAGCAGAUCCUUCGGGAAACGAUACGCCCGAAGCGCGCAUGCAACGUGUGAUGAAGGCCAAGUACGACGCUGGUAUGUUGAAGCCAUUCAACUACAUUAAGGGGUACGCCAGACUGUCGUCGUAUAUGGAUGGUCAUAUCGCUCCCGCUUCGAAACAAAAGAUCCUACGACAGCUAGAUCGCUUUCGACCCAAGUUCCGCGAGAAGGUUCAAGGACUUACGGAUAUCGAAUUGGUCUAUGUAGAGAUGUGGUUCGAGAAGACCCUGUUAGAAUACGACCGGGUCUUUGCGGCCAUGGCGGUUCCAGCUUGUUGCUGGAGAAGGACCGGAGAGAUAUUCAGGGGUAACAAGGAGAUGGCCGAACUCAUUCACGUUCCCGUGGAGAGACUACGAGACGGGAAGAUCUCACUACAUGAGAUACUGACGGAAGAUUCGCUCGUUCGGUAUUGGGAAGAAUUUGGCACUAUCGCGUUCGAUGCGGCACACGACACGCUCCUAACAGCAUGUGCUUUAAAGAACCCGGAUGAUCGAUCGAACGACCCAAUCGUGAACUGUUGCUUUUCGUUUAUGAUACGCAGAGAUGACCACAAGAUGCGGCUACAGGAGAAGAAUAAUGAACACGAGCUGAAGGAACUCGUUGACAAGUUGGAGAAUCAGAUCAACACUGUCAAGGACUAUUUUCUUAAGAUUCAUGGCCCACACCGCCACGCACAGCUCGACAUGCCGGGCACUGAUCUUUGGAAUUUAUGUGUUCAGAUUAAACGACAAGAUGACGCUGAUGUCUCUCCAACAAGAAGCAAACUCCUAGCCCUUGCCCGGGUAUUCUCAUUUCUAAUUCUGGCACUUGCACAACGGGGUAACCACAGCGAACCGGGAGAUCUCCUUCGCCUGGAAAAAUUGGCAAUUAAAACCGGCAGAUCGUGUAUUGGGGCGGGCGAGCUCAGUUUCGCGCUCAUGGUUCUGCAAAAAGCCGCCGACUGUAACGGAUUGCUGCAGCAUCUGCAAGCAAAGCUGCCAAGCGAGGAGCUAGACUCCUGCAGAAGACUAGAAUCAGAGUAUUUUACGCUUCGUAUAGCACUGGCCUGGAAAGAAGACCGCCUCGACGUGGCCGACCAUCUAUACGAAAAGAUGCAGGAUGGCAAAACCGAUAUAGAUCCUACAUCGGCUGAGAAUUUGGCCGACUCGCUCUUCGAAAUUGGGAAAGAUCUAACAGAGAAGAAAAACUACCAAUUGUCAGUCAAAUGGCUGCAAAGGGCCUACGAAGUCAUCAACGGCCAAGAUCUAGAGCAACUGUCAAGAGAGGCCAUUGAAUUAAGAUUGGCAAUUUCCCAAGGGCUUAUCCGCGCAUAUUUAGAUCUGGAUACAGCAGAUGGCUUUCAGAAGGCCGAAAACCAUGUCUGCUACAUUGAAUCUGAGAUAGGUGACAAGCUUGUUGUUCUUUUGCUUAGAUUAGAGCUUCUACUCAAGUCGCCAGCCGAAGUAUUUGACAGCAGCGGAUAUGCCGGCGUUCUCCGCCGGAUGAUUAGGAGCCUUGAUAUUUCGGAAUCGAGUUUCAACCUCGUAAUACACCAUAUACGUAAACUUGACGAUAAGAGCCCGAGCCUUGCCUGUUCGACUCUGGACGAAUUCAUAACAUCACGAGUUUUGCCUACCCAACAUGACCCCUGGGUGGAACGAGUUGCCGUCCUUCGCACUCGAAUGGCAACAUCGCACCAGGACACUCACGAAACAGUACAGGGUCUUUCGAACAUAUUCGAUAGCGUUGAGGCUAACUUGGAAAAAUCUUUGCCGGCUGCUGCUGUCCUUGCCAUACAGAUACUCGUAUGGAAAAGGGUUGAUGCUUUAUCUAGUCAAGGAGAGUUAGAGCUGGCAGAGAAAUGGUGCCACGUAGCUAUGCACCCAGCUCUCCGACAUUCUGGUCCGGCGAAUGCAGCGAAGAUCGCUAGGAAAUUACUCGGUUGUGCCCUCCAAAGGAACAAUUUAGAGAAUGCUGCAGAGAUUCUCAGAUCCAUGAGCGAACCAGCCAAGAAGGAGCCGAUGACCUUAUAUCUGGCAUACAAACUAGCACUUAGAACCGGAGAUCGAGAAAUGGCCUCCGAGUGUUUGAGAAAUAUCAGCGAGGUCUCGUCAAACGACCCGCAAUACCUCUAUGCAUGCUGCAUGGACGCACAGGAAGCCGAAGAUAAGAUGUGCGCAAUCGAGGCAUUGCAACAUCUGAUCCGAAAAUGCGAAUACAGUUCACCUGAUGCGGUUCACUUGCCGGCCUUGCUUCGUGUUGUCAUUCGUCUUGAAACAUCAUUAAUGAAUAAUCAGGAUUGCAUUGAUGACGUCUCCUUGCUUGUAGAUGAUAUCUGUCAGGUUUUUGAAGGCGUCCUCUACUCCACGUUGCGCAAAAUUAUUAACCACAUAUUUUCGCUUGAACGAUUCGAUAAUGAGAAGCUCGCCAAGUACUUACGAUGCCUGCUUAAGGCUACACUUGCCUCAGAGCCCGAAUUUCCCCUGAAGAUCACCGAAGACAUUUGUAGGCUUGUGAAACAAUGCGCAGACAACCAAAAGCCCAUCCCCCCUCAAGAGGUUGAAUGGUUUGCGACGACGGCGUUCAAUCACGGAGUGGACCUCUAUGGGGCCAACGAAGAUGAACUCAGUAGGAAGUGGGUUUCCCACGCACUCACAUUAGCACACUACCACCAAGAUGGAGGCGAUUUAGAGCGAGAGCUUCAGAAGAGGCAGAUUAACCUCAAAUGGGAUGCUUAA